AGGCUAUGGCUGGCGAGCAGGUGAGUUCAGCCGCUUCCCAGAGAAGUAGCCAGGCCACCACCCGGACGGCCACGGCCGGGGUAGCCAGGACGCCGGAGAACGCGCGCCCCAGAAGAGCGCGCGGGGACAAACAGCGGUCGGAGGAACCUGCACACGCCUCACACCGCUCCUAGAGCGCGCUGUCACGGAGUUAGAGACCGGGACGGAAGACUCAAUGCGCGCACGCCAGCGGUCCAGCCGUUACCCUGCUCCCCGCAUCCCCGGCCCCCGAAAGUUCCGGCAUCAAGGAGGCCGCGGUCCCGCCCCCUCGUCGCCCCGCCCCUCGCACUCCCGGUCGGGGGCGGAGCGAGGAGCGGCGGAAGCGCUGUGACGUGUGCCAGGGCAGUUGCUCUAGGGAACGCUCCGCGGGACCCCAGCCUGACUCUGAGCCGCGCGCGGUGUCUUGGGGACAGCCUAGCCCAGCUCCCGGCGUCCACCUCCACUUCCAGGUAUUUGCCGAUGUGGGCCUCCUGCCGGGGUAUUCACCCCACGGUGCGGAGCUCUGGCUGUCGCCUCUUUCUGCAGCGCCAGGCUGCGCCUGGCCUCAAAGUCGAGUGCUCCUAGGUGCCCUACGGUUAGUGGAAACACCCCCUCACGGAGAUUUUAGACGUUGACCUGCAGAAGAUGCAUUUUAUGUACUUCUCUAUGGACUUCUAAACUGUGAACACUUGGAGGAUGUACAGAGGCUGUGUCUUCUAUUAACAUAUUGAAUUAAACAAUGGAAUACCUACUACAGUCCAGGUAUUGUGCUGGGGAUAUUGUGGUGAACAGUGGAUAUGUUCCCUGCCCUCAUGGAGCAUAUAGAAGAGAAGGAAAAGAAAAGUGAUAAAGUAAGUAGUUACAAAAAACUCAAUGAGUAGAAUGAUUGAGGAAGUACGAAGGAGAGAGGUCUGGUCUAGUGAACCCCUCAGGACAUAAUGUGUAAGAUUAAAAAACUCUUAGUACCUUGACAUAGAGGGUGCUUGUACAUACUUGUUUAAUUGGUAAACAAAAAAGAUCCUGUAAGUUGAUUCUUGAGCUGACUCAGAGGUUCAUAUACAGUCUUUGGUUAAGAGUACAGUACACGAAGAGAUCCAAACUGAACUGCAUUUCUAGGUUCAUAUGUGAACAAAUCUACACCCCUCAAUGAACCAGGGAUUCUAAAGACUAAAGAUAACCUGGGGCCAAACUGAACUUUCCAGGUAGGUCUUGAAAUACUGAGCUUGAGCUGACUAUGCAUCUCCAGAACUGGAGUAGAUUCAGAUCUGCUGGAGAGGAAAAGUAGAGGAGAAUGUGAUUUAUCCAACACUUAAUUUUUUUCCCCUUUAGCAGGAAGUCAUUAUGCGACUAACACAUUUUCAUCAGAUUUCCUCUGAUUUACCGUGAAGUGUAUGUGAGAAUGAUGUGCACUGCCAAGAAAUGUGGAAUUAGGUUCCAGCCUCCGGCUGUUAUCUUAAUCUAUGAGAAUGAAAUGAAGGGGAAAAGUCGCCAGCGCAUCAUGCCUGUCCGAAACUUUUCAAAGUAUUCAGAUUGCAGCAGAGCUGCUGAACAAUUAAAGAAUAAUCCACGGCACAAGGGUUACCUGGAACAGGUAUCCCUGAAGCAACUGGAGAAGUUAUUCAGUUUUUUACGAGGUUACUUGUGGGGGCAGAGUUUGGCAGAAACAAUGGAACAAAUUCAGCGGGAAACAACCAUUGAUCCUGAGGAAGACCUGAACAAACUAGAUGACAAGGAACUUGCCAAAAGGAAGAGCAUCAUGGAUGAACUUUUUGAGAAAAAUCAGAAGAAGAAGGAUGAUCCAAAUUUUGUUUAUGACAUUGAAGUGGAGUUCCCACAGGAUGAACAACUACAGUCCUGUGGCUGGGACACAGAGUCAGCUGACGAGUCCUCAUAACCAAAAACUAAAAAAAAAAAUUAUUGGGUAGCAGAAAAUCCAUGUUUACACAAGACCAUAGAUUGGUUGUAGAAAAAUCUGUAAAGAACACUAUGCAUAUUGGGUCACGUUUGGAUUGACCAUGUUACUUUUCAAAACCAAGAUAUGUAGAGCAUCUACUAUGUAGGUGCAUAUGGAAUAUAGGGAAAACAGAAUAUAGGAAUCUGCCUUUAAGGAGCUUACAGUCUAAUUGGAAGAUAAGUCAAAAGCUUAUGAAAAACUAGUUUAAUGGUGUUAGGAAACAUUAGAUCCAAAUGCUUGAUAAAGGCUAGAGAGGAUCAGAACCUAGAUUACGGUAGGGUAUAAUAGUCAGGGAGGACUUUGUCCAUCAGUGGCAAGAUGGUACUUUGCCUGGCCCUUGAAAUGGUAGUAUUUGGAUAGAAGCUUAUAUAGGAUUCCAGAUUAUACUGGGAGGGAAAAAAGGGGGAUGUUGCAGGGGAUUGGUAAAGAGAUAGGAAUUAGAACGUUUUAUUUGAGGAACAGUAAGCAAAUUAUAGUUUGAUAAGAUCAGAGGGCAUAUAUGGUUGCCAGGGGGUUAUUCUUCUUUUUUUAAAUUUUAUUUAUUUAUUUAUUUUUGGCUGUGUUGGGUCUUCAUUUCUGUGCGAGGGCUUUCUCUGCUUGUGGCAAGCG